AUGGGCUUCUUAUUCGCAAGUCAGAGCGAUGUGACUCUUAUUGUUAUUAAGGAGCCGACCGAAAAUGACGAGAACAAAACUAAAACAGCGUUAUUUCAUGUCGAUCGGGCAAAAUUGAUUGAGAGCAGUGCAUACUUUCGAACAAUGUUCUCAUCUCGGUGGGAAAGAGCCGGAAAAUACAACCCCACCCUCAGAGGCGAUACAAUCAAAAGCAUGGAAGUGAUAUUGGGGUCAAUUCAUGGAUUCGACCCCGAGCCAGAGUCUGUCUCUGUUACAGAUGUCUGGUACACAAUGAGGGCCUGUAACAAGUACCUGUUGGAUCCUAAGAAGCUGGUGGGCUGGUUCACACGUUGGAUCCAAUGGAUUGACCAAGAAGAUACUACAAUAUGGGAAGAUUUGGAUUUCAACCGCCAGCUGCUAUUUCCUUGCUAUUUCUUUGAUCAUGCAAAUGCCUUCCAACAAAUUUCGAAGAGACUCGUCUAUGACAACCCGGGCUAUAUUACAGAAUUGGCACCGAGAGACUCACCAUUAUUCGAGCCAAUGCAUAUGCCGGCUAUCGCUAUGCGUAAGUCGACCUCACUCGUGUCUUUGAGGCCGAAGAAUUCUAACUCACAAAAAGAGCAACUCAGAGCGGCAAGAGGGCGACUCCGCACGAUUCUCCAAAGAUCGCUUUUUGAAGAUGUAAACGUGACUAUCGACUAUGCUUAUUGCGCUUGUGCAGCACAUACCAUCUUUUCCUACAUGAGAGAACUACAUAGAAUUGGGGUCAGGCCGCUGGAUGGCGACAUCCAUAAGAAUGGCGUCCGCGACAUUCUCAAUCGACUGAAGGGCUUCAAUGAGGAAAAGACGUUGAACGGGCAGUCAUCAGUGCAGAGAUACACCGGAUGCUCUCACUCCUGGAAAUUCGUGGUGGAGCACUCACGAAAACAAGUUGAAGGUUACUUCGAUGGUCUAUGUUUAGAUUGCAUGCACAACAAUCCCGAUGAGAAUUCUGAGUACUGGUCUCUCGACACCAUAAGAUACGUGUAUGGCAAAGAUUGCCGCAUCAGUCAUGGCCAGCCGACCUGGUACUUUAGUUUCAUGGGUCAUCGUGACAGAAACCCAUCCCGCAUGCAGUCCUGA